AUGUACUACUGGAAUGUGGUCAAAUUAGCGAUUAGGCUAGACUCUCUCUACUGUCGCUCCGAUGUCGGCGCCGAUAGAACGCCGCGACGCAGGCCACCCCUUCCCCCUUCCCCGUCGGCGGUCGCAGAUCACCCGGCGUCUAGUCCACCUGCUCUUCACCACCAACUCCAGAUUCCAGUUUCCGGCGGUUCUCCGCUUCUCCUUCAACUCUUCAAAUGUGAAUCUAUUCUGCAACCUGGUAACAAUUGCAGUGUUGGGAUUCAGAAGAAGAGGUCGAAAGUGAGGCAUAGACGAAAGGGAUUGAAGGGUGACAUUGUUUGCAGAUAUCAAUUUUGUUGUCAUCAAAAUAUGAUGAGAGGAACACUAAAGGGCUAUGUCAAAGAGAUUUGUCCACCAAAGCCUAAACCAGCACCCAACUUAAAGAAAGUGCAAGAGAAUCAUCCUAGCGCGGGAAAUGCUGCAACUGCUGUCGAGGUGGACUCCGAUUCUUUGUUGCCUUUCGAUGGACAGAAUCCUGAAACAAGAUCUCCAACCACUCCACUGCCCAAAACUGGUGUUUCUUUAUUGGAUUCAAGGCGGAGGAAAAGGAAUUGUUCCGGUGCAAAGAAAGUCGAUGAAGCUCAGAUUAGUUCAGCUGCAGCAGAUAUGGAAAAGAGUGUUGAAGCUUCGAGUAAAACAAGGAAAAAGUCAUGGACGAGUCUGAAGGAGAUUGCUGAGAGUAGUGGCAAGAAAUUCACAGACUUAACUGUUCCAUUCUUUAUUUGUGUUACAGUUUAAAUUUUUCAAUUUUCUUUAUUUUCAAUAGUAUAAUUUUUAAUAUUCCUCUUA